CGAAGAAAGCUCGCGUUCCUGGUUCCCCAAGAGUAGGCUUUCUCCGAACAGGGAGCAACAUUAUCAAAAAUGACGGUCCGCUGGCAAUAUAUCGAGGGUUCGGCGCGGUAUUCUGGGGCAUUAUCCCGAAAAUGGGUGUCCGAUUCGCGAGUUUCGAAACGUAUAAGCCCAUGCUGGCCGACAAGGAAACCGGCGCAUUGACCGACAAGGCCAUUCUUGCAGCUGGUCUGGCUGCUGGUGUCACCGAGGCAGUGACGGUGGUCACGCCCAUGGAAGUGCUCAAAGUCCGUCUCCAAGGCCAAUCUCAUUCAUUCGCGGAUGGAGCGACCGGUCCCAAAUAUCGCAACGUCGCCCACGCCGUCUAUGUCAUUUGCCGCGAAGAAGGAUUCUUCGCAUUAUAUAAUGGCGUCUUCCUGACGGCGCUUCGACAAGGCACGAAUCAAGCCGUCAAUCUGACCGUGUACACAAAACUAAAGCAAUUCCUGCGCGAGUCUCAGCCAGCAUACUCCAACGCCGAUCUGCCCGCGUACCAGACGGCACUCUGUGGUCUUGUCGCCGGCGGCUCAGGCCCGCUGUUCAACGCGCCCAUUGAUACGCUGAAAACCCGCGUCCAGCAAUCUCCCAUGAAACCAGGCGAAACUGGCCUCACCCACAUCCUGCACAUUGCCCGCGACAUGUUCAAGCAGGAAGGCUACCAUGCGCUGUACAAGGGCGUCACGCCUCGCAUCCUGCGCGUCGGCCCGGGCCAGGCCCUGACGUAUACGGGCUACGAGUUUUUCAAGGGCAAGCUGCAGCCCUUGAAGGAGUAUUUGAGUUCAUGAUCGAUCCAGUUUUACAAUUAUAGAGUUUAUAGAGUUUAUAGAGAUGACUGUUAUAUACCAUGACGAA